CACACACACACACACACACACAGAACAAGCUGAGAUGAUGCAAAUGUGAGAGUUUCAUGGAGACGAAAAACAGAAGCUUCUUCAAAGGAAAAACAUGGACAAGUCUCUGAUACAGCGUCUGCUUGGCUCAAAGAAAAGCUCGAGGAUCCAUCCGACUGCAGUGAUGGUGAAAUAUGGCUCCCAUUUCCCCCCGCGUGGAGAUGAGGGCUACGAUGAUGCACCGUCCUUUGAGGAUUUUGGUGCCUUCAUGGCAGAAACAUCAGACAUGAAGCAGCUGAGUGACAGUAAAACACACAGGACAGUGUUUAACCUUCAGUCUGAAACGAGAUCAGGAGUUCCUAAAGGGGUCAGAGGUCAGCUGCAAAGCUUCAGCGAGGCGAGUGUGCUAUCGUCACGCGUGAUGUGGGCAGUGUUACUUGGCGCAGCGCUGGCUCAUGGCUGUAUCUCUCUCCUGACACGUUUAGCUGCGGAUUUAUCCCGCAUUCCAUCCCUCGAGCUUCUCUUUGUCCGCUCCGUCCUCCAGGCCCUGUCCAUCGCUGUUGUUCUUUACCACAAGGAGGCGCCGUUCGGGCCAAAAGGCUGCAGGAUGCAUCUCUUCUCCUAUGGAAUAUUUAAUGUCAUCUCUAUCUCCUGUGCAUACACCUCCUUUGCGCUAGUUCCUCCAGCUAAUGGAGCUAUCGUGUGGCGAGCGAGUGCAACAGUGUUCAGUGCCAUCCUGUCAUUCCUGCUCGUCAAUGAGCAGCUCGGUGUGACAGACACCAUCUCUGUCUCCUGCAGUGUCUUUGGACUCAGCCUCAUCCUAAUCCCCAACCUAGUUAGUGAGGACAGGGCUCUUGGGUUCUGGAAGGAGGCAUUUGGGUAUGUCCUGAUGGUACUGGCGGGAGUCAUGGCAGCGCUCUCCAUGAUUUUGUACAGGUGUGUAAGGCAGCAGGUGAGCAUGUGGACAGCACUGUUUACUUUUGGAUGGAUGGGUUCUCUCUGGUCCUGCUGCUCCAUGUUCCUCCUGCAGGAACCUGUAAUUCCAGACGAUGUAGAAACCUGGCUUUUCCUCUUAUCCAUCUGUUUCUGCUCCACCAUCGCCUUCCUGGGGGUUUAUUACGGCCUGCAACGCCUCCACCCUGCGCUAGUCAGCACGGUGCAGCACCUGGAGCUCGUGGUGGCGAUGAUCCUUCAGCUGCUCGUGCUGCACAUGCUCCCCUCCGCUUGUGAUGUCAUCGGCGCCGUCAUCAUCGUCAUCAGUGUCCUCGCACUCGGCCUCGUCAAAGUCCUUCGUGGUGGAAAGUGCGAGAGGGAGGAAUACGAAGAGAUACUGGACUCGUCCAUAAAAUAA